AAUAAAACCAUCGUGACACCUCCCUCCCCGUGCACGUUUGCUCUCAUUCUCAGGCCCUUCUCUUCUGCUGCUGCCGUGUGUCGUCUCUUUGAUCGAGGGUUCAACUUUGCAACAUCUGCCAAGUCAAAGGUCGUCCCAAAUGCGCUGUUAAACGGGUCUUCGGUUUCUGGUUUCAACGUCUCGUCUCUCGCCAUUCGCCAUCCUCGUCUCGUCUCGUCUCUUCUCUGAAGAGUCCUCGGCCGUCUACCGUUUACCAUCUGUCGUCCUCAAAAAUCCAAAUCCAAAAUCCUGAUCCUCCCACCACCCGUUGGAUCGAGCUUUUUCUUCUGCCACCAGCUUAGCUCCUCCUACCUACUUCUCGGACCCUUCAUCUACGCCGCACUCCCCUUCCUCCUCCCUUAAGUCAACUCGCCUCUGUCGACCGCACUCCCACACUCUCAAUUUCAACGCCAAUCCUCACUCUCCCUUUCCGCGCCCCGUGUCUCGCUACCUCUUCGAUCUGCCAACCACCCCCCGGUUGACAUCACCAGACCCUUCCGCAGGGUUCGGCUUCGAAACCGUCUGUCAGUGCAAAGACACUCGGCUUGGGACUUGCACCGACUGCCCACCUGCUCCGCUUCCUCACCUGUUGGCUGGAACCAUUCGAGUGGGUUGAUAUCAGGCCAUUGCUGCUCGUCUACAAGGCAUUUGGCUUCGCCUGUCAUUCUUCAUUCCUUACACACUGGGUCACUUGUUGGGUGAGCUUCCCUUCAAUGUACGUCACCCCAGUCCUUCUCCCCGUCUGGUUCCCGUUGAUCUCAAUUCAUAUCCUACUUCACCCACUUCUCCUUCAGCCUCUGCCCUGAUUCACUCUUGAUACCUCGUCAAUGCCAUUGACUAACCCACCUCUCGCAGCAGUCUUGGGCAAUUGCACCUGCUCCCCUCUGGACAGACAUCCACGGCAAUUGAACAUUGAUCCUUCGAUACGACACUCUCGUCACACACAUCCUUAGCAAGCUAGCCUUGCCAACCCACUACCGCAACAAUGGCCGUUCCUCAAGAAAAGGUGGCCGUUCACACCACGGUCGCCAGCAUUGCUCUCCCCGAGAAGGCGGCGUACUCGAAGCUGUCCGACACCAUCGCCACGACCCCGGGCACACUUACUCCUGUCGCUUCAACCCCCGAAAAGAGCCUGGAAAUGCCCCGCGACAGCAACCUUUCUACCCCGCGGUCGUACCGCAAUGAGAACCCCUUCGAUACCGACAUCGAGGCUAUGAUCACCACGACAUCCUCCUCCGACCCGUACGCCAUGAAGAGCAUCUCGACUACAAAAGACUGCCCAACGAUAUGGCCGGGCAAGCAGGAUUGGAAGGCCAAGGCGAAGGCCGCGAAGCGUGAUAGGGGCUCCUGCGCCUGCAUGGCUCGCAUGAGCAAGAAGAACCGCAUCAUCAUGAAGGUUGCCAUUGGCCUCCUCGUUAUUGGCGUCGGUGUUGGUGUCGGCUUUGGCGUCAGCAAGCCUUUGGGCGCACCCAUCUGGGGCACCCCUGACGGAAACAAGUGAAGAAGACAAGUCUUUCGGCGACAUUUACACUUCGACAAUGGACUACAAAACGUCAAUCUGGCCAUUCAGCCGACUAUCACACCGAACAUAGCCGCAUAGACGCUCUACUACUACCACACUCGAGCCGCUUUCCCUUCAGCUUGUAUUAUAUACAACGAACCAUUAUUACUGUCGCCCGAUGGUCACCUCGGGCGGCUGUUCCUCUGCUGUCUCUUUUUACAUCGAGCCUUGUUAUCAACAAAGGGAAGGGGCCACCAUAAUUAUGAUCAGGCGUUUUUUGGAGUUCAAUGCAUGGACAUUCCAUCAGCGAGCGAGCAGCGGCACUUUGCGAUUCAGUAUCCUACAGAAGGGGUCACGAUAACCCACCGGGCUGUGAGAAGUCCGAGGGCAUCGGCGCUACGAGACACGAAGCAAUACACUUUGAUGUCUACGUUUACGGAGAGACCAGGGCUUUUCCUACUUUUCGAUUCUUCAAAUGGGGAGAACAGCACCAGCACUUUUUGUACAAGGGUAUUGGAGGCACGCUUACUGCGUCAAGGAGAGACGCAUGCGGUUUCGCCAUAGCUGCGGUUUGUGGUAUAAAAGGACUAUUGGGGUGGGAUUAUUAUUGUCAGGCUUCUCUAUUAGACGGCCUCUAUACGCAUUAGGGUAUCAGGCGAGAGCAAUCAAAGAGUUCAUCAGGGACCCCGCAGUCGAGAAGCGCUCUGGCUGACGGGUAUCCUGCAUUUUUCUGGUUACACAUAUCCUCAUCUUCAAUCUUUGCGUCUCCCGUCGUUUCGAGUCUUCUUCCACCUGCUGGACAUGGAUCAUCCCUUCUUUUUACGUGUUUUGGCCAAAGUGAUUGCCAUGAAACGACGCACGUUUGUUGGGGUAGACCCUUCUUUCCUACAGACCGAAAGACGAGCUGACAAGGACACAUAGGCCGACCACCUCGGCAAUCACGUUCAUGCUUGGAAGGGCCAUCACCGAAUAGUACAGGCUGCAAAGUGUGCCGGAUCCCGAUCCGAUCCAGCAAAGUUCAAAGAGGUACUCCUCGUUUAUCCUGAUACCUAGACAUACAAUAUCCUUACACACGCACAAUCUCUCGCACCGCGUGCAGAUUUCAGAAAAAGGAAAGAAAAGAGAGUCAAAGAAAGUUCCGCGGGGUUUUACCCCAUCUCAAAUCCAAGAUGUCGGCUAGGAUGGGAUGGUGUAGUAAGCGAACGAGAGGGAACUAGAGCGAUGGCUCAAACGUGUUAGAAGAGUUGUGUGC